AUGAGCAGGCUGCGGGGGUUUGGUGUGCUGGAAAAGUUUGCCACAAAGAAGGCAGAGCGGGGCAAUCUGAGAGUCGCACUCAGAGACAAAUACAGGCUUCCAGAAGUAAGGGGACCAUUAUCGAUGGUUCAGACGGCCGGGGAAGAUCUUGACCACGCGGAGGACCUCGAGAAGAUGGUGGAGGAAGAGGAGAAAGAGGAGGAGAACAACAAGUCCUUUCUGGGGAAGAUUCAAGACUUGGACGUGGACAUUAAAACCAGGGGCCACCAUGAUGGAGGGGAAGCAGGACGCAGAGGAGAGGAGCACUGGGAUGUGAAUGCUGUACGGACAUCCGGGACAUAUGAGAACUGUCUCGUUGCACAUUUUGAGGCUUAAUGUACGAACUGACUUCUAUUGAAGAUAUGCCUCAUUGGUUUACGGACUGCUCCACUGCAGCAGAUGUGUCCAAUGUGACUGGUUUAUGAAUGUAAUAUUUUCAACAUGGCCGUUAUGUGUUCUUCCGCUCUGUAGAGUUGCAGCAUUACAGUUUUCCCAUAUUCCCAUUUUUUUAUUUAUUCAAAUGGUACGAAACGUAUCUUCUUAUAAGGGUUCAACAAAGGGUCCAGUUUAAUGAGCAGUAAAACUUGGUCGGGUCAGGGUAGGUCGGACCUAAUCUAAUCUAAUCUGAGUGGUUGCUGGGUGAGUAUUUACUAGUUGAUGGCUGUUGUGACAAACACCAAGAUUAAAAGAUAAGGAACCGACAGGUUUCAAGGGGUUUUGUCUCUGCUAAUGAGGCCAGAAGCAUUGGCUUAACUGAUAAUCAAACAAACCUAAAUGUCCUCGGCAAUAAGGUCGAUAAGCGGGUGCUAGCCACUCUGUGCCUAUUGAUUAGCUCACAGUUAACAGUAGUUUGAAUGGUACACUCUUUUACAAAAUCAAUUAUGGGAACAUAUGCCCAAGCAUGCUUUCCUCCCUGUAAAUAUAUGAAAUGUUAAACUAAAUAUUAGUUUAGUUUAUUCUUUUACAUAUAUAACACUUCAGUGACAAUAUCAUAUAUGAAGUAAAAGAUAACAAGAUGAUUCAUACAUUCAGCUUCAAAUGACCAUCAACAAGUGUCUGUUUUUACGGAGCGCACCAGGAACCUGUUGUAGGACAGCGCACCCGGAACCUGUUGUAGGACCAAGUGUCCAGGCGGUGCCACCACCCCCUGAGCACGUUGCUCCCCACGUGAUCCCCAGCCCCUUUCCUUCCUCCUCUUCGUCCAGGUCUUCCUCGGACCCAUGCUGUUCCCCAACCCCCUUUCCCCCUGUAAGCUGACACAGCUCGUUCAGACGUUAGCGGCCUGCCUCCUAAUAGGAUCACCGCGGAUUAACCUGUCAUCUGAUAAAACUAAGAGGCUCGAUAGCUACGCUGCGCCAUCUUAACCAAUUUGCACUCAAUUAGGAUAAUGGGGGGAAAAUCGAAAAGAGGGGCAGCCUUAAUAUAAUAAUGUGUUAAUAUGAUUAUUCAGCCAAUGUUUUCACGUCAAUGCGUUCAAGCACUCGGGGCGAUAUAGGGAUCUUGUUAUGCAGAUCAGUCACGAGACAACAAGUUAAUGUGACCUCAACUUACUCGUGUGGAGGUAUAAGCGAAGUGUGCAUCUGAAAUGUAGCCUCUUAAUCGUUCAUCGCUUAGAUUAAUCAGCAUCAGAGUUCAAUUCGAUUCCCAUUCAAAGCUAGAGAUUUACAGUUUAUUCUCUAAUUGGCCCUUAGCAGGUCGUUAGCAUAGACACUCUUGCACCCACAGGGAGUACAUAACAUACAUGAACAUUUGCAGGGUGGAGGGUCGAAAUAAAAUAGAUGACUUUAAAUUAAAAAAAGACAAAUAGAUACAAAGGUUUUACAACAACCAAAGGAACAAUGUGGCAUCCAAGUCAUUUAACCAAUUGCCAUUAAGCCCAUCGAGCUCACUUAAUGAGCACUGAGGGACAGGUCAUUAAGUGAGCUCCUUUAAUGAGUUAGCAAUCAGCUCCAUAAUGUGUCCUAACCUGCCGUGUCUCAGCCCCACUAGCAGGCCCGGAGGCUGGGCUGUACACACAGCACAUGAUGGGACAACGUGGAUAUAGUUAACAAUUUGACGGUGUUCAAGAAUGUGCCUUGGCUGUGCCAUUUAUCCUUGAACAGCCUCUAACUACUUCUAAAACAACCGAUCCUUUAUUUUUUAUGCAUUCAUACUCCUAUAGUUAUAAUUUGUUCCAUGCACAAUAAAUGUUGUUCAAGUGUUAAAAUGCAUUGAAUAUCACCGUUUGUAUUGCUACAGAGUAGAGUUCACUCCAGAUACACGAGUUGAUGUCACAGGAAGUGAAGUCGUUAGGCUUAUUAAGGACAGGCUUGAUCUCUGAGACUCCUGGCUGCCACGGCUUUGAGCGGGGGCAGCUUCAGCUACAGGAGACGAGCACAUGGUUCUAUAUCUGCGUCUCCAAAGCCCCUCUCCUCUCCAAGAGCAAGAGCAUAUUAUUAUUAGAAUAUGAACGGAGGUUCAACUCUAUAAUACUCUCUCUACGUACACAAUGAUCCCCAACGGUGCAUUUUCAUCUCAUCUCGAGACAACCAAAAACAAAAUUGUAUUUAAAGAUUGAACUAAUUUAAAUAAACUAUUCUUACUGUA